UCGGCGUUCGCCACGUGAAUAUCGGCGUCGUUCCCUUGCCUAUAGCGAAUCUCCCACUCUUCGAGCCGGCACCUGGCAACUGUUCGAUUUGGGAUCCACUGUGCCCCCUCUAACAGGGUCUGCUACCGCUACAGUCGACAUGCGACACGUGAUAUUCGAGCAGUCAGGGUCCACCGAACAACCGUCGCGGACGUUAUACAAGGAUGAAUGGCCCAGUUGCCUGCCGUUUGACAACCCGCAGGACCGAUCCACCCAUUUCCCUGCGCCUGGCAAGGUGGAGCAUCCGCAUGCAUACCAGUCUCGGCAACCUGGCGUCUCCAGAGUGUAACCAACACCCGUCCUCAAGAGCGAGAACCAGCACUAUGAGAGCCAGAAAGCUCUCCAAGGACUUCCGAUGGAAGUGGUCGUUGACAUUCCCCAUACUAGAGGAUGGCCGCCCCAUUACACGUUGCAAGCCGCCCGUUCGGUGCGGUUCCAGGGUUAUUCAGACCUGAGCAAUAGU